AUGCGAUUCAUACCCAGAGUCAGCUCGGCGCUAAAGGCCGUGGAGAUCAGGCAGGCGCCGGCCCCGCUGAUAAUAGGCGAGAGGCUCAACACGCAGGGCUCAAGAAAGGCAAAGCGCCUGGUGCUUGGUGACGACCUGGACGGCCUCGUGGACCUGGCAAGAAUACAGGCAGAGGACGGCGCGCACUGCAUCGACGUGUGCAUCGCCACAACUGAGCGCGCAGACGAGGGCGAGUUCAUGCUGAAGCUGGUAAAGAAGAUCAGCCUGGUGGUGGACGCGCCGCUGGUGAUCGACUCGACUGAUCCCGACGUCAUCGAGGCAGCCGUGCGACAGAUACCCGGAAGGCCGCUCAUCAACUCCAUCAACCUGGAGGGCGACGGCUCGCGCUUUCGCAGGCUUGCGCCCCUGAUGGCAAGGUACGGCCUGCCGGCAAUAGCUCUGUGCAUCGGCCCCGACGGCAUGGCAAAGACGCCCCAGCAGAAGCUGGACACCGCCAGGCUCCUGCUCAAGACGGGAGAAAAGUACGGCCUGGAGCCGGGCCAGUUCGUCUUUGACGUACUCACGUUCACCCUCGCAACCGGCGAGCCGGAGUUCCUGGACGCCGGCAAGAACACCCUAGAGGGAAUCCGGCUGGUGAGGGAGCACCUUCCGGACUCGUUUACGGUCCUGGGGCUGAGCAACAUCAGCUUCGGCCUGACCCCGUACGCAAGAAAGAUCCUCAACUCCGCGUUCCUGUACCAUGCGGUGAGGGCGGGGCUUGACUGCGCCAUCGUAAACGCCCGGGAGAUAGUCCCCUACGGGGAGAUCGACAAGAGGGAGAGGGAUCUCGUCGAGUCCCUGAUAUUCAACACCCACCCUGACGCGCUCUCCGACGUAAUCACGCACUUUGAGAAGGCAGGGCAGCAGGCGGCGCCCGCAAGGAAGGCGAAGAUGGAUCCCUCCUGGGACGCCGGAAGGAGAUCCAACUUUAGGAUCAUCAACCGCCUCAAGGACGGAAUCGAGGAUGACGUGGUGUCGGCGAUAGCCGAGAAGAUUCCCGGCCAGGACACUACAGAGAGGGACGGCCGCCUUGCGAUCGACCGCCCAAAGGACGUCACCCAUGGCGCGGCCAUCCAGACCCUCAACCAGGAUCUCCUGCCCGCAAUGAAGGAAGUCGGCGACAGGUUCGGCGCAGGCGAGCUGAUCCUCCCCUUUGUCCUGAAAUCCGCCGAGUGCAUGAAGGCAGCAGUCGCCGAGCUGGAGAAGUACCUUCUGCGAAAGGAGGGCUCCAGCAAGGGCAGGCUGGUCCUGGGAACCGUGUACGGCGACGUACAUGACAUCGGCAAGAACCUCGUGAAGACGAUCUUUGAGAACAACGGCUACACGGUAUACGACCUGGGAAAGCAGGUCCCGCUGCAGAGGUUCCUUGAGGAGGUGGACCGGGUAAGCCCGGACGCCAUCGGCCUGUCCGCACUGCUGGUGUCCACAUCAAAGCAGAUGAACCUCUUUGUGAGCCACGCAAGAAAGAGCGGCAUGGCGCUGCCGGUGCUGUGCGGCGGCGCCGCAAUCAACUCCGGCUUUAUCAACCGGAUCGCAAAGGAGGGGGGAGUGUAUCCCGGCGGCGUGUUCUACUGCAAUACUAUGUUUGACGGGCUCAAGACGAUGGAUGCGCUGGUCAGCGGCCAAAGGCAGCAGCUUCUAGACAAGUGGAGGGGCGACCUUGAGAGGUGGCAGGAGGGCCCGGCGGCCACACCGCCCGCGCAGCCGCUGCCCAGGAGCUCCGUGGCGCCGGUGCGGCCCCCAGUCCCGCCGGUCACGGCAGAGCCCAUACGGCUCUCCGGGGAUGAAAUCAACAUGGACGAGGUGUGGCCGCUGCUGGACAAGAGGGCGCUCUUCAAGAUGUCGUGGGGGCUCCGUGGAAAGGCCGGCGCCGAGUCGCAGGAGGACCAUGAGGGAAUACUGGAGGAGCUGAAGGGCAGGAUCACAAGGGAGAACCUCUUUGAGCCGCAGAUAGUCUACGGGUACUUUGGGUGCCACGCCCAAGACCAGCGGCUGACGGUGGACUACUCCGGCGGCCAGAGUCACAUUUGA